AUGAUCCCGCGUGAGUGCCACGCGAACUCCACGGCGGCGCCAGGCGCCACGGGCUGCUGCUGGUACGUGUUCGCGGCCUACAUCUUCGCCGCCGCCGAUCACGCCAACCGCACCGGCGAGGCCUUCCUCCCGCGCGAUCCCGCGGCGGCGUGCUCCGACGCCUUCGCCGCCGCGCUGCUCGCCGGCGGCCUCGUGUCGCGGUCACUCCUCGCCGCGGACGGCUCCUGCGACCUCACCGGCGACCCGGGCAAGCUCGCGGCGGGAUCGCGCCCGUGCCAGCUCGCCACCAUCGGCGGCGUGCGCGCGCUGGCGCCUGGCGCGCUGCCCAAUGCCACGCGCCUCUGCGCCGAGCCGGGCCAGAGCGUCGGGCCCGGCACGCCGGGAUGCGCCGCGUGCCGCGGCGCGGUGAUCGCCACCACCUACGAAAUGCUGGCCAGCGAGCGCACCAAGGAGUUCGUGCCAUGCGGGAUGGCGGCCACCGUCGCCAUCUGGUCGGCCGCGCCGCCGCAGCUGGAGCGCUACAGCGCCUACGCGCUCUGCAUGCUCCAGGUCCUCGAGAACGUCAACAGCCUCGGCACCGGCGACCUCGUGCCCUCGCCGCCGCCGCCUGCUGCCGCCUCGGCCACCCUGUCUCCUCCCGCUCCGACCGCUUCCAGCUCUUCCUCCUCGGGCAGAAACACCGUCCGCAUCGCCGCCAGCUCGGCGGCGGCAGGCGUGGCGGCCGUCGUUUGCAUCGCCCUCGCUGCCUUGGCAAUUACAAGGAUCCGUCGUCGGCGUAGGCGGACUGCCGGGAACAGCGAGUGCAGCGACGACGACGACUCGGUGGCAUCGCUGCCGCCACUACCGCGCGAAGGCCUGUACAUCUUCACCAAGGCGGAGCUGAUGCAGGCGACGAACGGGUACGACAAGAAGCUCCUCCUCGGCACCGGCGGCGCCGGCAAGGUGUACCUCGGGCACCUCCCGUCGGGGCAGCGCGUGGCCAUCAAGAAGAUCUACCGCGCCAAGAAGGUGUCCGAGUUCUACGCCGAGGUGGCUGUGCUCGCCAAGCUCCGCCACCGCAACCUCACCACGCUCGUCGGGUACUGCCUCGGCGGCGGCGACCACGCGCUGGUGUACGAGUACAUGGCCGGCGGCAACCUGUGGCGCGCGCUGUUCCAGGGCGAGCUGCCGUGGCGGCGGCGCCUGGAGGUGGCCGUGGACGUCGCCGAGGGGCUCGCGUACCUGCACGGGUUCCGCGACGGCGCCGUCGUGCACCGCGACGUCAAGCCGACGAACGUCCUCCUCUCGGAGUCCGGCGCGGCGAAGCUGUCGGACUUCGGCGUGUCGCGGAUCGUGCCGGAGGGCGGGACCCACGUAUCGACGGAGAUCCGCGGCACGCGCGGGUACGUGGACCCGGAGAGCUUCAGCGCGGGCCACGUGUCAGAGGCCGCCGACGUGUACAGCUUCGGCGUCGUGCUCCUGGAGCUCGCCACGGGGAUGCGCGCCGUGGUGCCGACGCCGUCGGGGGGCGCGGAGUCCAUCGUGCAGGCCGCGCACUGGGCCGUCACCGAGGCCGGCGGCGAGGCGGGGCCCGCCGCCGAGGCCAUGGUGGACCGGCGGCUCGGGCCGGCGUGGGACAGGCCCACCGUGCGCGCCGUGUUCGCGCUGGCGUGCCGCUGCGUGCGCCCUUACAAGCACGAGCGGCCGGAGAUCACCGAGGUGCUCGCCCUGCUCAAGGGCAUGCUCGCCGAUUACAACGCGCGCCUCGUCAACGGCGAAGGCGACGCAUUGUUGCCCGACGGCGAGGGUUCGGAAGUCACGGCUUCGUCGUCGGCCGCGACGCCCGAGCCGGCGUCCAUGCCGUCGACGUCGUCAUCCACGGUCAACACCGAGGUGAUGUCAACGCCGUCGCUGCAGGGCGUGGCGUAG